AACCCGAAAACAAACCCCACAAACACAGCCAUGACAAUCCACUCGGCCGUGAUCCAGAAGCUCCUCAGCACGAACGCCCACCUGGGUCGGCGCGUGGCCGAGCACCAUUUCAAGGUCUUCACUUAUGGCCUCCGCAACGGCCAGACCAUCAUUGACUCUGACAAGACACUCAUAUGCCUGAGAAACGCCUGCCACUUCAUCUCCCUCCUCGCUCGCCAGAAAGCCAAUCUCCUCUUCGUCAACACUAAUCCACUCUUCGACGAGAUCAUCGAGCAGAUGUCCCGCAAGAUCGGCAUCUACAAACCCGACCACGCCAAGCUCUGGCGCAUGGGCGGUUUUCUCACAAAUAGUUUUAGCCCUAAGAAGUUUCGAUCUCGGAACAAGAAGAUCUGCUUCGGACCGACUUCGUUACCUGACUGCGUUGUCGUGUUGGACACUGAGAGGAAGUCUUCGGUAGUGUUUGAGGCUGAUCACAUGCAGAUUCCUGUUGUUGCACUCGUUGAUUCGAGUAUGCCGUGGGAGUUGUAUAAGAGGAUUACUUACCCUGUUCCGGCUAAUGACUCUGUCCAGUUUGUGUAUCUGUUUUGUAACAUGAUAACGAAGAGUUUUUUGCUGGAGCAGAAACGUUUGGGGAUUGUCGGAGGGGAGGAACUCGAGGAGAAGAUGAUUGAGGGAAAGGAGCAAUAAGACGGCAGUUUUGUGCUUUAGCUCUACCACUAUCUGUCAAUCAGAUCAACUUUUCCUAUACGACAGAAUUGAAUGGUUGCAAGAGAGGGAUACAUCUGAUUGAUAUUGCCUGCUCUCCUCACUUCAAAUUAAUCUAUUUGUAACACUUUUUGGAAUGAUGCAAAGUGCUCAAAGAUUUUCUCCUGGAGAUUUUUCCCUCGACCCUUUAUUUAUCUGCAUCAUAACAAGUCAUACAAAAUGACAACAGUGAGAGGGGAAGACAGAGAGAGAGAGAGAGAUAGGCACAUCAGAUAUAUGUAAUGAUUUUUCUUUAUACAUAUGGAUUUACUUUAUGCACAAUAGAUUUCAAUUAUCACAAA